UUCACUGUGAAUGUCAAAAUUUUUACAUUGAAUUAACAGAGUUACGCCGCACUUAACAGCGUUGCAAAGCACGACAUGGCAAGCUUGGAAUGGUUUUGUGCCCCACGCUGCUAUCAAGUAGCUAAAAACCAUUUACAUGGCCAGCCAACGAAGGAGCAUCCGCUUAAGCAGCUCACUGUCAACGUCACGGUCGCGGACAAGAAUCCGCUCAGCCUGGCAUUGGCUCUCGAAGGCACUGACCCAUUGUCCAAGUUUGCACGCCAGGACCAAGAGCUCAAUGAUCCGCUGACCCAAAUGUCCAGUGAAUUUUCUAAACGUGGUAAUGCAAGUGAGCCGGAGGAUAACACCCUUAAUUGGAGCACACGCCGGCUAGGCAUAUUGAAUCGCUUCACUACCAAUGAAAAACUAUCUCUAUCCACCAGCUUUUUAUGCACCAGCAGCACGGAAGGCGGAGGUGAAAACUUCAAGGCCCAGACGGUGGUGGCCGACAAGGUCAAGUAUCGGCUGGAGCAGCUGGAUAAUUUCGACGAUGGCAGCAUGCGGCACAUGAUGGACCUAACCCAGCAGGAGUACAUACAGCGCUUCGACCAGCUAAAACAGGAGCUCAUUCAGUCAUGGCACAACGAUCAACGCGUCAAGGCUCUGAAGAUAGCCAUACAAUGUGCAAAGAUGCUGUCGGACACAAGUGUGCUGCAGUUCUAUCCCAGUCAGUAUAUUCUAAUCACGGACAUCUUGGACGUCUUUGGCAAGCUGGUGUACGAGCGUUUGCGUAUAAAGGCGGAGGGUGCACCAGGUGCGUCGGCUGCCCUUCUACAAAGAGAACGCGAAGCUGCGCGGGACACCUGCCAAAAUUGGUUCUAUAAAAUUGCCUCUAUACGCGAGCUGUUACCGCGUCUCUAUCUGGAAAUGGCCAUCUUCAAGUGUUACGAGUUGCUGGCUGCUACGCAGAAGGAAAUAGAGCAAGUGCUAUUACGCCUCACCAGCCAGCUGCGUGGCAUUGCUGAUCCACUGGUGUCCAGCUAUGCGCGAUGUUACCUUGUGCGCGUCGGUGUAACGGUCACACGCAGCAAGGUCUAUAUACGCGACAACUUUACAGAUCUCUUCACGAUAUAUCCUCAGAUCUUUCGCAUCGUUGCCCGCUACAAUUUGCAUCCAGAGACAUUUACGGCCGGCGCCUAUUUACAGCUAUAUUCGCCUGCUUUUGAUUAUAUGUUGCAGUGUCUGAUGCACGAAAGCGAUCUUUACGCACAAGAAAUGCUCAAGGAAUGCAAACAGCUGAAGAACAACGGAGCUAUUCUUUUAUCUAUACUGAACUCCUCAAAGGGGGAAUUCGUUGCCGCACAUGCUCACGAGUUUUUAGAGCUCAUCAAUAACAGCGACACACCUGGCAUUUCAAAAUCUCAGUUAUUGCGACCGCUGGGUAGUUGCGUAAGCAGUUGUGCACCGUUGCAGGAGCAGCGCUUGGCCUUUCUGAACGCAGCGUUUCAAACGAUUAACACCCUUACGGAUCCGAACGAAUAUAUAAACUGUGUAGAGACCUGGGCACCGUUUGUUGCACAAUAUUUUACGAUACACGAAGUGAAUCGUUUGCUUGGCGAACUUAAUACACGAAUGUGCCUAGGUAAGGCAUAUGAGAAGCAUUAUGGCCAGCUGCAAAGCAUUUUAACUAGAAUAAUGCAAAACUAUCGAAGUAUUGAGCUGUUGCUAAUACAGCCACAUUUUCUACCUUAUUUGGAUCUGUUCCACAAGGAGUCGGUGCGGGUUGAGAUGUGCAAGUCAAUACUGAGCUACUAUCGGCAAAAUAGUGAGGAGAGAACCAGCGAUGCGGUUGUCACAAAUGCACUCAUGUAUCUUGGCAAGAUUCUCAACGACUCGGUCAACGCACUUACUGUGGAGGAUGAGCGCCGACAGAUUUCGCAGCUUAUCAAUGGUUUCAUAAAUAAGGUGCAUUUUGGAAAAGAUUUGGAGCAACAACUUAGCUUCUAUGUUGAGGGACGCGGCACCUUUAGCAACUUGGACGCAGUUUAUGUAACCCUCGUGCAUGCCGCCUUGAAGCUUACUAUGCAAGCGUCUAAUCGGCAAGGCGCCAAAUCAUUGGGUUUCAUCAAAGCGUGCAUUGCUUAUUGCUUUAUAACCAUUCCAAGCAUUACUUCCGUUAGACAGAAAAUGGAUUUGUAUCUACUGUGUGGACAACUAGCUCUGCGUCACUUGUGUUUGGGGCAAGCGGAUGCGUGCUUUGAGGCUGCGUUACAGCUGAUUGACGAGCUGCCGGCCUCAACCGUUGAUUUCGAAGGCAAACCACGUUGCUUGGAGCGCUACCUAGUCGCGUAUCUCUGUAACAUGCUAGCCACCCUAAUCGUAGUGCCCGAUAGUCCAGAACAGGGCGUCUUGUACUUCCUACGCCUGCUGCUAGAUAUCGUCGGCAGAAGAGCCUUCAAGGCGAAUAGUAGUGCACCAGCCAUAAUAUACUUGCAUGUUUUGGACAUGCUUUAUGUGCAAAGCAUGGAGAAGUUUCCAUAUCACAUCGAUGGAGUGGUUUCGAAUGAUGCACUCUAUGGUCACGAUCCCAAGUUCCUAGCUGAGGUUAAUAAUCUGUGUGGCCAGGUCGUGGAGGCCAUACUGCUCCAGCUUAAGGCUUUGGGAGCGGCUCAGCAGCAGCGCACCCAAGCCCAACUCUCAAUGGAGCUGUUUAUGCGUAUAGUGCGCUAUGCAGAUCUCGAGAGGGAACCGCUGUGUGCGUUGGCGGUAAAACUGUGGGUACUCGCUAAUAAGGCACAGGCCCAACUGGAUUCUGAAACCAUUCCUCAAACGUUGUGCAGCGUGGAGCAUUUCUACAAAUUAGUCAAAGAUUCCUCACCAAAGCGUGCUCAAACAAUUGCGAAACUGCUGUUGCGCAUGCGCGACAGUCAGAAGGCUGCUACCAACAGUUGAAACAGUUGAGAUUAUCAAGUGGGGCGAGAAUCGGUGAUAUGUCGCUUAGAUCGACAUUAUCUUUGUUGUGCAAUCAGGCUGAAUUAAGACUUAAGUAUUUAUAUAGACAGCAUGCUUGCAAAAUGCAUCUGGAUGCGUAUGGAACUGAAAUGAAAUUAACUUAAUGUUUUAUAAAUAGUGAAAAGAGA